ACGGGUUAUGAGUUCUGUCUGCUUCUACAGACGCUGCUGAGAAAUUUCUGGAUCUAAUAUAAUUAGCAAACAAGUAAAUAUGCUUGAAUGGAUAGUGAAGGAAUAGUUAAUAUCCAUGUGAUGCUUUGUCUUCCAUGCACGCAAGAUCUUCAUGAUCUUUUAGUCAGUUUCCUGAUGUAAACAUUUGACAGCAUGAAGAACAGGACAUACUGAAAACCAGUGCGUGGAUACAGAGAAACUUGCUUCCAGGACCCUGAGGUUAAUGUAACAGCUAAUCACUUCCUCCCCCACCCUCUGUCUCUGUCUCACAGUCUCUGUGUGUGUCUCUAUUUCUUCUUGCGCUCUCUCUCUUUCUGUCUGUGUUGGUACAUUGCACAUCAGUAUGCUUCAAAUAAAAGCUAGAAAACAACCUUUGUUACCAUCCUUAGAAACAUUGUCCACCUCCUUUGAGACAAUGUCUCCUGUCGGCCUGGACACAGCUCACUAAUUAGGCUAAACUGGCUAGCCAGGAAGCCCCAGGGAUCCUGCAGCCUCUCUCCCUCCAGCUCUGUGAAUUUAGCUCCCAAGCCAACACGCCUGACAUUUUUACCUGGGUUCUGGGAAUCAAACUCAGUUCCAGUGCUAGGUAAGUACUUUACUAGGUGAGUAAACUCUCCCCAGUCUGAGGAUACAACAUCUCUCUAAAUAUUAUGCUUUCUAAUCUCCAUAAGAAUGAUGGUUGCAAAUAGCAUACACCCAAUGCUACUGAGAUAUAGGUGAAAAUUCAGAUUUAUCCUGUUACCCUGAAAAUAGUCACAUUGCUUCAUUGCCAUGUGUAGAUCCAGCUUUUAAAAAAAUUAUAGGAGGCUUUGAGAUACCAUCAUUUUGGAUUUGUUUAUUUCUGUAAUUUAGGAAAUUCUUUUCUGCUCUGUCCUUUCCAAGCUGGUCUUUUACGAUUUUAGUUUAAAGUACUCCGUUGAAAGUCAACUCUCCUAUUGAGGUCUAACCUGAAGAAAAAAAAAAUGUUAAAGCCCAGCUUCUUCCUGGUUUGGUAGUUGCGAACCUUCCAAUAUGUCCAGCCAACCAUCUGCAACCACAAAUUCCCUGCUGAGAAACCGGCGAGGGCAGCGAGAGAAGAGAACAGCUCAGGAGUCACCCUCUGAGCAGUUUCUUUGGCAGUCACUGUGAACUCUGAAGAAUUCUCUCCAGAAACCAGAGUUAAACAAAACCGCUCCCUAUAAAGCACAAUUAAAACCAAGACGUAGCAGUGAUCCAAACGAAGAAACGUGAAUUCUCCUCCGGGACAGAGAUCUGUGGAUGGACUUUUUGAAGAUUCCUGCUUCAGCUCUCCUUGGAACUUUCACAUUUACUUCCUUUAAAAAAUAAGUCGAAAUGAGGAAGAGACACUUAAGGCUGGGUCAGCAACUGUGGGCUCUUCUCUGCAGGAACUGGUGCAGAAAAUGCAGGAUGAGAAGAGAAACGUUGAUGGAAUGGUUUUUCUCAUUUUUUCUAAUAUUCUUUGUAUACCGAUUAUCCUCCAAUUUACAUCAAAUUCAUGAUGCUCCUCAAAUGCCUGAAAUGGAUAUGGGACGUGUUGAUAAUUUUAAUGAUUCUUACUAUGUUAUUGAAUAUGCUCCUGAGUCCAAAGCCACCCAGGAGAUAAUGAAGAAAGUGGCGUCAAUUCCAUUCAUGAAAGGAAAAAGAAUCGUGGCAUGUCCUGAUGAAGAAAGCAUGAAUAAAGUUCAUUUAGAUUACCCAAUGGAUGAGGUGAGAGUCAUCUUUAAGGAUACGUUCUCAUAUCAUUUGAAAUUUCCUUGGGGUCAGAGGAUCCCUAAGAUGAAAGAACACAAAGACCAUUCAGCUCCUUGUGAACGAUUUGACAACAAAAUGAUUUGUGAAAACUCAAUCUUUUGGGAAAAAGGCUUUGUAGCCUUUCAAGCUGCCAUUAAUGCUGGUAUCAUAGAGAUCACAACAAAUCACUCAGUGAUGGAAGAGCUGAUGUCAGUAAUUGGUUCAAAUAUGAAGAUACCACCCUUUAUUGCCCAAGGAGGAGUUACAACUGAUGUCUUUAUUUUCUUCUGUAUUAUCUCUUUUUCUUCGUUUAUAUACUAUUUGUCAGUCAACAUUACCCAAGAAAGACAAUACAUUACAGCGCUGAUGGCCAUGAUGGGCCUUCGAGAGUCUGCUUUCUGGCUUUCCUGGGGUUUGAUGUACGCUGGCUUUAUCCUUGUCGUGGCCACUCUGAUGACUCUUAUUGUGAAAUCUGCCCAAGUGGUUGUCUUAACUGGUUUCAUGGUGGUGUUCCUUCUUUUUCUCCUUUAUGGCCUGUCUUUGAUAACUUUAGCCUUUCUCAUGAGUGUGUUGUUAAAGAAACCGUUUCUCACUGGCUUGGCUGUCUUCCUCCUUACCGUCUUCUGGGGGAGUCUGGGAUUCACAGCAUUAUACAAACAUCUUCCUGCCUUUAUGGAAUGGACCUUGUGCUUUCUUAGUCCAUUUGCCUUUACUACUGGAAUGGCCCAGCUUAUACAUUUGGAUUAUGAUGUGAACUUUAAUGUUAAUUUGGAUUCUCCAAACAACUCAUACCUAAUCAUAGCCACCUUUUUCAUGUUGGUUUUGGAUGCUCUUCUCUAUUUGGUACUGGCAUUGUAUUUUGACAAAAUUUUACUCAGUAAGUAUGGGCAUCAGCAUUCUCCAUUGUUUUUCCUGAAGUCGUCUCAUUGGUGUCAACACAGAGGAGCUAAUCGUGUGGUCCUUGAGAAUGAAACAGAUCCCGAUCCUUCACUGAAUGACUCCUUUGAACCAGUGUCUCCAGAAUUCCAUGGGAAAGAAGCCAUCAGGAUCAAAAAUCUUAAAAAGGAAUAUACAGGAAAGCAUGGAAAAGUAGAAGCAUUAAGAGGUCUGGGUUUUGACAUAUAUGAAGGCCAGAUCACUGCUCUCCUUGGUCACAGUGGAGCUGGGAAAACCACUUUGAUAAAUACACUCAGUGGACUGUCACCCCCAACUACAGGUUCUGUCACCAUCUAUAAGCACACAAUCUCAGAGACGGGUGCCUCUGAUGCCAUCACCGAGAUCACUGGAGUCUGUCCACAGUCCAACGUACAGUUUGGUUUUCUCACCGUCAGAGAAAAUCUCAGGCUUUUUGCUAAAAUAAAGGGAAUUCUGCCCCAUGAAGUGGAGCAACAGGUACAACAGGUCUUACAGGACUUAGAAAUGGAAAAUAUUCAAGACAGCCUCGCUCAGAAUUUAAGCGGUGGACAAAAAAGAAAACUGACUUUUGGGAUUGCCAUUUUAGGAGACCCUCAGGUUUUGCUACUCGAUGAACCAACCGCUGGGUUGGAUCCACUUUCAAGGCAUCGCAUAUGGACCCUACUUAAAGAGAGGAAGCGAGACAGAGUAAUUGUGGUUAGCACUCAGUUCAUGGAAGAGGCUGAUAUCCUGGCUGACAGGAAGGUGUUUAUAUCCAAUGGGAGACUGAGGUGUGCAGGCUCCUCCCUAUUCCUGAAGAAGAAAUGGGGCCUUGGCUAUCAUCUAAGUUUGCAUCUGAAUGAAACAUGUGAUCCAGAGACUAUAACAUCACUGGUCAAAAAGCACAUUCCUGAUGCCAGACUGACUGCACAAAGUGAAGAAAAACUGGUCUAUAUCUUGCCCCUGGAGAGGACAAACAAAUUUCCAGACCUUUACAGGGAUCUUGAUAGGUGUUCUGACCAAGGCAUUGAGAAUUAUGGUGUUUCCAUAACAACGCUGAAUGAGGUAUUCCUGAAAUUAGAAGGGAAGGCAGUGACUGAUGAAUCAGAUGCUGGAAUUGCUGGGCCGUUACAGAGCGAUGGGCCAGAAGAUGUGGGAAGCCCUGUUGAGCUGGAGCGAGUGUUGUCCCUAGAUCCAGCAGGAAGCACAGUGAGCGGCAUGGCGCUGUGGAGGCAGCAGCUCUGUGCAAUUGCAAAGGUUCGCUUCCUCACACUCAAGAACGAAAGGAAAAGCCUGGUGACCCUGUCAUUGCUUUUUGGCAUUAGCAUCCUCCCCCAACUUUUGGAAUAUCUAGCCUACGAGCUCUACCACAAAAGCUACGCGUGGGGACUGUCUCCAAGUAUGUAUUUCCUCUCACCAGGACAGCAGCCACAGGAUCCUCUGACCCACUUGCUCAUCAUCAAUAAAACGGGCUCAAGCAUCGAUAACUUUCUGCAUUCACUAAGACAGCAGAGCAUAGCAUUAGACAUGGAUGCCCUGGGGACCAGAAAUGGUACAGACGAGGCAACAUACAAUGGCGCUAUCACGGUUCUGGGUAACGGAAAGGAUCUUAGGUUUUCAAUAGCAUGUAAUGCCAAAAGGCUAAACUGCUUUCCAGUCCUCAUGGAUAUUAUUAGUAAUGGACUGCUUGGAAUUUUUAAUUCUUCAGAGCGCAUUCAGACGGACAGAAGUACAUUUUUUGAAGAGCACAUGCUUUAUGAGCAUGGGUACAUGAGCAGCGCAUUCUCCUGGAUCCCGGUGGCUGCCAGUCUCACACCUUACGUCGCGAUGGGCAGCAUCCGUGACUACAAAAAAAAGGUCCUUUCCCAGCUGUGGAUUUCAGGCCUUUACCCAUCUGCUUACUGGUGUGGACAGGCUCUGGUGGACAUUCCCCUGUACUUCCUGAUUCUCCUUCUCAUGCAAAUAAUGGACUGUGUUUUUAGCCAGGAAGAGAUUAUAUUCCUCAUUGAAAACCUGUUAAUUCAGAUCCUGUGCAGUAUUGGAUAUGCGUCAUCUCUUGUUUUCCUAACAUAUGUGAUUUCAUUCAUUUUUCGUAACGGCAGAAAAAAUAGUGGCAUUUGGUCGUUUUUCUUUUUAAUUGUCACCAUGUUCUCCAUUCUUGCUACUGACAUAAACGAGUAUGAGUUUCUAGGGCUCCUAUUCUGCACAUUUUUAAUACCUCCCUUCACACUGACUGGCUCCCUACUAAUUUUUUCUGAGGUUUUUUAUGACUCCGAGGAUGACGUAGGAGCGUCAAAGUCUCAUGUGGGAUUUCUGGCAUUGCUGAUACCUUACAUCCAGUUUUUUCUUUUCCUUUUUGUUCUCCGAUGUCUGGAAAAGUACCUCAGGAACAAAUCGCUAAGAACGGACCCUGUGUUCAGAAUUUCUCCAAGACGUGUUAAGGCUUCUCCAAACCCAGAAGAGCCUGGAGAAGAGGAUGAAGAUGUUCGGGUGGAAAGAAGGAGAACAACAGGCGCUGUGACUACCCUACAGGCGGACGAGAAACCAGUCAUCGUUGCUAGCUGUCUGCGGAAGGAAUAUACAGGCAAAAAGAAAAAAUGCUUUACGAGAACGAAGAAAAAGAUUGCCACAAGGAACAUCUCCUUCUGUGUUAAAAAAGGUGAAGUUCUAGGGCUCUUAGGACACAAUGGAGCUGGUAAAAGUACAAUGAUUAGUAUGAUAACAGGAGACACCAUGCCAACUGCAGGUCAGGUACUUGUGAAAGGGAGUGGUGAAGGGGACUCCCUCGGCUUCCUGGGGUACUGCCCUCAGGAAAACGUGCUGUGGCCCAUCCUGACGGUGAAGGAACACCUGGAGGUGUACGCUGCUGUGAAGGGGCUGAAGAAAAAGGACGCGUUGGUCACCAUCACACGGUUGGUGAAAGCACUCAAACUGGAGGACCAGUUGAAGGCUCUUGUGAAGACCCUAUCAGAAGGUGUGAAGAGAAAGCUUUGUUUUGUGCUGAGCGUCCUGGGGAACCCAUCUGUGGUGCUUCUGGAUGAACCGUCAACCGGGAUGGACCCUGAAGGGCAGCAACAAAUAUGGCAGGCGAUCCGGGCCAUCUUUACCAACACAGAGAGGGGUGCCCUCCUGACCACUCAUUACAUGGCAGAGGCGGAGGCUGUGUGUGACCGCGUGGCCAUCAUGGUGUCUGGAAGGCUGAGGUGUAUUGGUUCUACCCAACAUCUGAAAAGCAGAUUUGGCAAAGAUUACCUUCUGGAGAUGAAGGUGAAGAACCCCUCGCAGGUGGAGCCACUCAACACAGAGAUCAUGAGGCUUUUCCCCCAGGCUGCUCGGCAGGAAAGAUACUCCUCUCUGAUGGUCUAUAAGCUGCCCGUUGACGAUGUGCGACCUUUAUCACAGGCUUUCUUCAAAUUGGAGAGAUUGAAAGAGAACUUUGACUUGGAAGAAUACAGCCUCUCACAGUCCACUCUGGAGCAGGUCUUCCUGGAGCUCUCCAAGGAGCAGGAGCUGGGUGAUUUUGAGGAGGAACUAGAUUCCUCAGUGAAGUGGAAGCUCCUCCCACAGGAAGAGCCUUAACUUUCUAAGCAUUCCCUUUCUCUUCAAGCUCAUUUAAAGACAGUAUUUAUAAUAGCAUCCAUGUUCCUUCUUCAUCUCAGAUGCAGCACUAAGUACUUUUGAAGCUCGUGUCAGAAUUUUUAAGUAAUGGCCAAAGGGAGAACAGGCUAGAACACGCAGACAGAGCACCCUCAACCAAGGCACAUUUCACACAGUAUGGAGUUUUAAAAUCCAUUGAUAAUAGUAUCGAUGCUUCUGAGCUCCAGAGACUGAUUGAUCUUCCCCUGAAUUUCAAAACAUUACCUAUUGUCUUUCCUUGUGGUCUGGGGAAGGUAUAAUGUAAACAAUAUUGACUUCAGGGAGAAGAGAAUCGAUGGAUUUCCCAACAGCACAGUGUUUGUUUUUGGUAACUCACUCUGACCUGUUCCUCAUCCAUUGGUUCUUCUUUUUUGACAGUUUGCAGACUUUGGGCUACAGAGAAAUGUUUUGUCCGUUGUGACUACAAAAUCAGCUUUACACUUGUUGGGGUAAAUACACAAAGUCAUUAAAUGACGGGCUGCAUGUUUCUGAAAUCUUGCCUUUUAAAAAGUGAUGCCAACAGUGUGCUCUUAGGUGAAAGGACUAGCUUUGCCAGCCUUUACUUACCAAGCCUGUGAGCUCUGCAGCCCAGUUACUGCAACGCCAGUACAGUUACCCUGAACCCUUAUCUAGGAGAUUUCUGUCGUUACUGCUGUUACUGUUAGUAAUUCACCAAACAUUUACAGGCAGUUAUGUGAAAAAAUUUACCUUGAUGCCAGGGUUGUAUUUUCAUAGUUUACAUGAAUAUCAACUACCCUAAACUCGCAGAACUUGAGCCAAGGCUCCAAACCUUUAAUUUUAAAAGGAGACAUUAAUGCUGGCCCCUACCGAUUUACCUGGCUUUAUAAAUGACAAAUUAAUUGAUACAAAUCAAUACGUUAAAUGCACUUUAGUUGGGGUCAGAAAAAAAUGGCUCAGCAAGUAAAGGCACCUGUUGUCAAGCCUGAUGACCUGAGUUUAAUCCUUGGAUACCUGUUGUGGAAGGAGAGAACCAUCCCUCAGGUUGUUUUCUGACCUCCAGGCACAUGUGGUGUUGUGUGUGUGUCUACACAUCUGCACUCAGAACAAACAAACAAACAAAAACAAAAUAAAAAUAUAAUUGGUGUCAAUGCGGUGUUUUCAUACAGUCUUUGUUUCUGUUGACACUUCUCUGUUGCUCUCCCCCCUUCCUCCCCUGCAUUACACUGUUGGUCAUCUUCUCACCCACUAGCCCCCUUCUACCUUUAGGUAGCACGUAUCCAAAGCCUUCUCUUAUGUUCCCCUCAUCAGUCUUUCUCAGCUGGACACAGACUAGAAUUACUUAGAAAAGGGAAACCUCAAUUGAGGAAGUGUUGGCAUGUCUGUGAGGCAUUUUCUUUUCUUAAAAAAAAAUAUAUGUAUAUUUUGUUUGCAUGUGUAUCUGUGCAUUACAUGUUUGCAAUGCCCAUGGAGACCAGAAGAGGGCAACAAAUACCCAGAGACUGGAAUUACAAGCAGAGGUGAGCCUCCAUGUCUGGGAAUUGAACCCAAGUCCUCUGGAAGAGGGGCCAGUGCUCUUAGGACCGAGCUCUCUCUCCAGCCUCAGGCAUUUUCUUGAUUGUCAGUUGAUACAAGGGUAUCCAGCCCCCUCUCAGUGGUACCAGUGUUAGGCAAGUGAACUUUGGAUGGUAGCUGAGCAAACCAGGGCACGCAAGCCAGUAAGCAACAUUCCUCCAUGAUCUCUGCUUGAGUUCCUGCCUUGCCUGGGAGAAGGACUGUAACUUGUAAGCUAAAAUAAAACCUUUUUUCCUAAAGUGA